CAGCUGGGAGGGAAGAGACUGUUGACCCAAGAUACGACCCUAGCAAUUGAGCUUUGCCUCGGGGCUCAACAGCUUCAUCGACUCAGCAAACACUGCUGAAUCCCUCGACACUUCGCUCCCAGCCGUAGUUAAACCACAUCACGAACUGACACAGCCAUGGGAGAUACAAUGCGAGCUGUUGACGUCAAGGGUGGUACAGGCCCAGCCUCUGCCCUCUUCAUCAAUCCUUCUGUUCCCAAACCAAAACCUUCCGCUACGGAAUGCCUCGUUCGUGUCAAGGCGUUUGGCCUAAACAGAGCCGAUACGCUUCAACGACAAGGCAAUUAUCCGCCCCUGCCUGGUAUUACUAAUAUCCUAGGUUUGGAGGUCAGUGGUGUUGUGGAAGAAGUCGGCGCUGGGCAAGGAGAGGAUGCUCCAGUGUGGAACGCGGGAGACGAGGUGUUUGGCCUACUGUACGGCGGUGGAUAUGCGGAGUAUGUGGUCGUUGAUAAAAAGAUGCUGAUUAAGAAACCAAAAGAUUGGAGUUGGGAAUACGCUGCGGGGUUGUGUGAAGUUUGGUUCACGGCCCUUCAAGCGCUCUAUCUCGUCGGUGGUUACGAUUCUCAGCGGACGCGCUCCAUCUUAUGGCACGCGGGCGCCUCCUCUGUUUCUAUCGCGGGCAUCCAGCUCUCCACAAACGCUAACCAUAGCUUGGACAACACGACUACGGCUCAGAAUCUGCCAUCGGCACCAAAAGUGUUCGCUACAUCCCGGACGGAUGCCAAAUGCACUUUCUGCAUUGAAAAUCUACACUGCACCGGUGCAGUGAACACCAACAAUCCCAACUGGGUUGAAGAGAUCAAGAAACAAAACGACGGUAACGGUAUCGAUCUUGUGAUAGACUUUGUCGGAGCCACGUAUUUUCAAUCAAAUCUUGACGUCUUGGGUCAAGAUGGUCGAGUCGUCAUACUCGGACUUAUGGGCGGUGUGAUUCUGCCAGACAAAGUUAACAUCGCCCCGCUCUUGAGGAAGAGGGCUAGGGUUGAAGGAAGCACCCUUCGAUCAAGAGAUUUAGAAUAUCAGGUUCGAUUGAGAGAUUUGUUUGUGGAAAAGGUCAUGCCAGGCCUCAUCGAUGGGACAUACAAACAUCAUACGGAGAAAGUGUUUGGCUGGGCCGAUGUCGGGCUUGCGCAUCAGAUGAUGGAGCGGAAUGAAACAAAGGGAAAGCUGAUAUGUGUUAUUGGGUCGACCUGAUACAGCUGCCAGGUUGUCUUGAUUCGGCCGUCCGUACUGUACAUCCAAGGUACUGAAGUGCGUACAUGAAGGAGACGUGUAUUCAUCGCAUCGAAAUACUGAUUAUAUAUAUUUUUCCGGAACAUGCUAUGCUUUAAUGCCUUAACAAAUGCAAGAGAUUGCGCCGAAAUCAAUGCAUAACAACCCCACGAUUCUAUCUUCAUGAACCGGCCUCUGUGUACCCCUCAUUCAUUCGGACAUUCCAUAGCGCGACCAAAACAAACGGCCUGACUAACCGAUGGCUAGAGGGUCCCACACAGAGAACUAUGGUACCUUCUCCACCGCAUCCAACGACAAAGCUUUCUCGUCAUUUUUGGCCCUGUCACGUCUUGCUUCAUCCUCCUCUUCUCUUCUCCGCUGCUCCUUUAACUCCUUCAGAUGCUGACAAAACUUGCUAUUCGCUCGAAUCCGCGUCCCAUAUUUGAUAUACGUAAACGGAAUCACCGACAUCACCAGGCUACAGAACGCCAACAGGCUACAUGACCAGUUGGGGCCCAGCUUGUUGAACAUCGGGACGGCUGCGAUAGGAAGAGCGGCGCCAAAUAUGCUCCGGGUACAGCUCGCUGCAGACUGUGCACUAGCAGAAAAGGUUUCGUACGCGUCAGAGAUAUAAUUCAGAAUCGCCAUGAAGAUCAGCAGAAAGCCCAUGCCAAAAGGGAUGCCGGACAGUGCCGGAAUAACCCAGUGAAUCUCCGGCUUUGCUGUCCAGCCGAGCCAAAAUAGGGCGAUGACAUAUAAUGGUCCGCCUAGGCAUGCUAGCGGAAGACGUCUAUAUUCUUCGACUGCGGCCCAGCUCGCACCUCGGGCCUUUGCUUUAUAA